AUGUCUCAGAGCUUGCACUGGAUAGCGUUCACGUUUGAAGAAUUCGGUUGUGAUUUGACGUGGAAGCACUUUUCCACUGGGGAAUGCGCUUCGUCGUUCGCCUUCAAGUUGCGUGCAGCUGCACGGUUUGACGUCGUGAUUGAAUGGGCUUCCUUAGGCAUGUAUGAUGGCAAUGUUUGGGUGCUCAUGCUACCAAUUUCAAUAAUCGUUUGUGAAAACCCACCACUCAGAAAUGCACUUGAAUUGGCUCGAAUUUCUUCAACUGGAUUUUGUUUUGUUUUGCAAAAGCGAGGUGUUGCGGCUACCCUCGAUGGAUCGCCUUCGAAAAAACACGAGAAAUUCGUGCCAUUGGUUGCAUUUGAAUGUGGGUAUCGUAACAAAUAUAUGAGCGACGAUGGAGUUUGGAUCAGCGACGAGAAUCGAUAUGCGACUUGUCUUAGUGGAAAGCUGGACAUCCUCAAAUACUGUAAAAAGUUAUUGAUGAUUGUUUCUGACAUCUACCCAUUAUCAUACUUCACUAGAGAGCAGGAAUACUUAGUAAAUGACUACACAGAGGAUUAUUCUCUUUCUUCUGGUGCACCAGCGAGUGUUCUAGACAGCACAACGUCAACGAUAAAUGACUCUGACGCCGCUUCAACAAUAAAAGUCGCAAAAUGCGAGAGGAGGGAGAGAGGGGAAAACAGUGAGAAAGAAGAUGGCGAGUUCAAGUCAGAAGCUCUACAAGUACCACAUGACUGUCGCUUCUCGCACGUCAAUUCUGGCGACUCAUGCAAUGACUACCAACACUGGAGAGAUGUGGCUACAAAGCAGUGCGUGGGAAAGGUAUACAAGAUUACUUCUCCCUCCGUUGGCGCAAGAUUAUCUGAACAUUCGAAAUUGCCAUUAAAAGGAGAUGAAGUGGACGAAGAAUAUGUUGACGAAUACGAUGACAGCGACGAGGAUGCGUCCAUUGAGAAGUCCUCAGAAGACCAAGAUCCAUACUUCAAGAUUAAGGACUCCGCUAACGAACACGAGAAUUUCAAAGAAGCCGAGGAGCGUCUCGAUAGAAAACAUCGCGAAAAAAUUGAUAAGGUUAUGAAGGAAUGGGGAGAACUGGAGGCACGCUACCAACAAAUGAAGAAGAAGGAUGCUAAAGGAGCCGAGUCAUUUAAGGUGUCCAUGACAAAUCGCUUCCAGAGAACUGUUGCCUCACUUGAAGACGAGCACAAGCGUCUUAAGAAGCAGCUCGAGACUACACACGAGGAACGCGUUCAGGCAAUUCUCAAUGAGAAGAAGAGAACUGCCACGCACGACUAUCGGCAAGCACUUGCUAUGCAUGACAAAUCUGCUAACAAGCACCAUGUUCUGAAAACGCUUAAGACAUAUAUAAGAUCUGAGGAAAAGGACCGAAUUCACACUAUUAAUCGAUACCGUCAUUUACUACGUGUGGAUCAAGCUGAAGCUGCAGCGUUCAAACCCACGGUCCUACAUAGACUAAGGUUCGACGAGCACAAGCGUCUUAAGAAGCAGCUCGAGACUACACACGAGGAACGCGUUCAGGCAAUUCUCAAUGAGAAGAAGAGAACUGCCACGCACGACUAUCGGCAAGCACUUGCUAUGCAUGACAAAUCUGCUAACAAGCACCAUGUUCUGAAAACGCUUAAGACAUAUAUAAGAUCUGAGGAAAAGGACCGAAUUCACACUAUUAAUCGAUACCGUCAUUUACUACGUGUGGAUCAAGCUGAAGCUGCAGCGUUCAAACCCACGGUCCUACAUAGACUAAGGUACAUCGACUUGCGCAUCAAUGGUACUCUGGCAAUGCUUCGUGACUUCCCGGAUCUAGAGAGUCAAGUGCGACCAAUCGCUGUUGCUUAUUGGUCCGAUUUCCGGCGUGAAAAUACACCUGAAUUAUCUGACAGUGCAAUCGAUGCGCUAAAUUCCUUGGACAGUGAUGCGAAGAAUAAGAAACUCGUGGAUCUGUACAAAGAAGCUUAUGAAAAGCUCCAUCCUAGUGCCAAGCUAGAUGUUAAGGCACCAGCAGUGACAACACCCACUACUACUACCACUACGAAUCGUCAGACUACUCAUGAACCGACAAAGUUACUCUCCGAAGACUCUCAUGAUUCCGAAGAGGACGAUGACGAAUACUAUGAGGAUGAGGAUGACGAAGAAGUGAAAAGAAAUCCAUCUGUGAAGAAGCCGAAGAUUGUCGAAAUUCAGAGAAAAACAGUAAGACGACCACUUCCUCCUAUGUUAGUCGAGAAGUCAGUACAAACUGAAUCUAUGGGGGAGGACUCUGACUCCGAUGAAAGCGAUGAGGAUUCAACCAAGGAGCUUCGCGUGGAUAUCGAGCCGAUUAUUGACGAAAAGCCAGCGUUUUAUCGUCAGGAGAAGCUAAUACAAAAUCAGAAAUCUACCUAUCAUGAAAGCGGCUUGCUCUCUUCGUCACAGGCGAUGUUUAUGGUAGGAUCAGUUGCUAUCGUCUCACUGGUUGUUUUGGUUGGGACCAUCAUACGGCGUCGACGAGCGCAUCAAGGAUUUAUUGAGGUCGAUGUUUACACUCCAGAAGAGCGCCACGUGGCCGGAAUGCAGGUUAAUGGCUAUGAAAACCCAACGUACUCAUUUUUUGACAGCAAAGCGUGA